CACACACGGCUAUAUAGACACACACACACACAUGAACACACGGAUAUAUAGGCAUACAUAAACACAUACACACCCACACACAUACAGAUAUAUAUAUGCAUACAACGUUGCUAUAUAAAGUUUGUGGUUAGGUGCCGUUUCGCUAAACAGAUUCGAACAAGAAGACCAAGCGUUAAAGUUUUCCACCGUCGACUUCAGACAGAAUUGAAACUUCGACCGCUGCAAUGAAGCCCUUGUCUGUAAUUGGUUCGCCUAUAAACAUUGGACAGCCCAAACCUGGCGUGAUCAAAGGACCAGAUGCUAUGAGAAAACAUGGUUUGAUCGAGAAGCUGAAGGAACGAGUUGAGGAAGUGUAUGAUUUGGGCAACUUGACCUUUCCUGACGUUGGACAUGAUCCUCCGAUAAAAAAUAUGAAAAAUCCCAAAGCCGUUGCAACCUACAACAAAAUCCUUUCUGAUAAAGUGUCAGAGGAACGCCGAAAGGGACACAACGUGAUAGUGUUGGGUGGAGACCAUAGUCUCGGGAUCGGUUCUGUGCACGGCCAGAUAGAAGCUGAAAAGGAAAAGCCUGUACUGCUAUGGAUAGAUGCACACAGCGAUAUUAAUUCGCCGAAGACGUCCCCUUCUGGUAAUGCACAUGGAAUGCCUGUAGCAUAUCUGAUUGAAGAAAUGAGAAACCAAUUACCUGAGAUUGAGCAGUUCAAUUGGGUACAUCACUCGAUCAAUGCCAAAGACGUGGUUUAUAUUGGACUUCGUGAUAUUGACGUCGGGGAAAUACGUACUAUGAAGAACCUGGGGGUGAAAUUCUUUUCGAUGCAAGAAGUUGAAGAAUAUGGAAUUGCAAAAGUUGUAAAACUUGCCUUGGAUUUAGUUGACAUCACGAAAGACCGACCAAUUCACGUCAGUUUUGACAUAGACAGCAUGGAUCCUAUCGUGGCACCGAGUACUGGUACACCAGUUCCCGCAGGUUUGACAUUGAGAGAAGCGUUAUACAUUGCCGAAGUCAUAUUCGAAACAGGUCGAAUGACUGUGCUGGAUGUGGUUGAACUGAAUCCAGAACUUGGAACAGAGGCGGACGCCAAGACGACAACCGACAAUACCGUCCUGGUCGUUGAGCAUUAUUUUGGCAAAAAACGGAUGGGAAACUUGUCUUAAGGUGUCACCUUAACCUUCGUCUGAAUAACCCGGUGGAAACAUUACAACUAACACCCACUAUACUCCCCCUACCCAUCCUCCCUCCCCCUCUAACAGCCUCUAUAUUCUCAUCCCCACCUCUGGACACUCUGAUGUCUAGCUUCAACUACGAAUUGCUCUGUUUUAAUUAUUCACGUUGGUUCUUUUCCAUAAUUAUGUGGGGUUUUCUUAUACAAUGUAUUUAAUACUAGACUCUUGUAUUUUUUUACUCUAUUAUACAUACAUGCACACAGGCAUACACACACAUACUUGCACACACACACAAUGCAUGUAUGAAUAUAUAUAUAUACAUACAUAUAUCAAUAAAACCGACGAAUGGUAUGUGUUAUGGUAUAGCUACAGCUGUGUUUCAUUAAAGAGAUUAGCAUCAUAAAGGUAGGCGUGUGAACGUGUGCUAUAUUUAUAAGAGUACACUAUAUAUUCUCACGGGUUUUUAGGUUACACCUUAAUUAAAACAGGUAAAUAUUGAUAUCUUCCUAAGGUCCACGCAUGCAGAGAAAGGAAAAGAAAAAGCGGUGAGCUUCAAAUAUUCUGGCCAGGAUUUUUAUUAAUUCCCCCACCUCCACCACCUAUAUUAUAUAUAUAUACAUCAUUUAGGCAUAGCGAUAGUAGUAACUUGAGGUUAGAAAUCAGAGUAUGUACCUGCUUCAGAAAGAAGUGUUUGUCGAUUGCAGAGCGUAAUAUGAAAUUAAAUGAAAGA